AUGGCAGCUGCAGGGAUUACAACUGAUGAAGCAAAGUUAUAUGAUAGACAAAUCAGAUUGUGGGGCGUGGAAGCUCAACACUGCAUGCGUAAAUCAUCUAUACUUAUAGUUGGUAUACGAGGCCUCAGUAAUGAAGUGUGCAAGAAUUUGGUGUUGGCCGGAGUUGGUGCUGUCACUCUGCUUGAUCAUGAAAUCGUCAAGGGAGAAGACCUGGGAGCACAGUUUUUUGUUAACAAAGAUGAUGUCGGAAAGAAUAGGGCGGUUGCUUCUGCUGACAAGAUGAGACAGCUUAACCCUAGAGUCUCAAUCAAAACAGACACUGGUGAUGUUAAAGAUAAGCCAGAAGAAUACUUUGAGAAAUAUGAUCUUGUAUGUCUAACUGACUGUGAUCUAGAGACAAUGAUACGCGUGAAUAAAAUCUGUCAUUCGUAUAAAAAGAAGUUUUACUCAGCGGCGGUGUAUGGCUUCUAUGGAUAUAUAUUUACAGACCUUAAUAAACAUAACUUCACAGUGAAGGGUCAAGAAAAAGAGGAGGAGUUUGUAGACAUGGAGACAGCUUUGAAGAAGUCUGAUUGGUCAUCCUUAUCUAAUAAAAAGUUAAAGAGGAUGUCACCUUUAUUAUGGGCUUUACAAGUUUUGUGGAAGUUUGAGCAGGAAGAGAACAGGCUUCCCAAUAACUCAGAAUCAGAUUUUGCAAAGUUGAAAGUGAUAAGAGACUCAUUGUCAGUAUUGAGUAAUCUUCAGCCAUCUAUGAUACCAAAUGAAAUUCUCAAUUCACUAGCAUCAGCACCAGAAACAGAAUUGUCUCCUGUGUGUGCAAUUAUGGGUGGAAUAUUAGCUCAAGAUAUCUUGUAUGCAGUUUCCCAUCAAGGCAUGCCCAUAAAUAACUUUCUUGUCUUUAAUGCUCAUGAGAGAGUAGAGGUUAGCAAGCCUCGAUUAUCCCAAGGCCAGUUACUGAAUGCUCUCCUCGUUAAAUGUCUCAGCUCCAAGUCUAGUCUCCCUGGAUUCUCCUUGAUACUUGAGGGACAUCCUCGGUCAACUCUACUGGACAUUACCUUCAAUCUUAGAAGAGAUGCCAACUUAUCCGAUCUUGCACCCCAACUUAUCAACCAAUUUAAUGACUGGCCCAAAUGA